AUGAAUAUCAACUUAGACUCAGCAAAGGAUGUGCUCUGUAAGAAUAUAUUGAUCUACGGGUACUGUAAAUAUCAAGACAAGGGAUGCGCUUUUAGCCAUAAUAAACAACAACAGCCAGCUCUGCAGCAACGUCAACAACAACAACAACAACAACAACAACAACAACAACAACAACAACAACAACAACAACAACAACAACAUCAACAUCAACAUCAACAGCAGCAGCAGCAGCAGCAGCAACAACAGCAGCAACAACAGCAGCAACAACAAACGCUACAGCAGCAGCAGCAGCAGCAACAGUUAAAAACAGCAAAUGCCGACUUAUUCAAUGGCAAUUCGACAUUCGAUUCGCAGACAAGGAGAAAAUUUGAUGUGAAUACUCCGUUAUUUCAACCCAGCGCAGCAUCUGGGGCUCCAAUUACUGUUUCCGGUUUAUCUACCAAGUUUUCUAGUUUGUCUCCAAAUAUUAAAGAAAGGCCAAUAUUCAAGCCCGAAAAUGAGCUCCCAUCUCUGCUACAACAAUCGAAAGCACUGCAAUUUCCUUCAAGUCCCUAUACACUGAAGAAGUUCAAUGUUAGUACGCCCUCGUUUACACCAACAGGCUUUGACUUUGCACAAGCGUCACAGAUUAAUAAUUCCAGUACAUUUCAGAAAAAUCCUACACAACAGAGUCAAUCACAUCUAGCUCAUGUUACACCUUCUGACAGAAAUGUGGGUAGCCUUUUGCAACAACAACAACAACAACAACAACAACAACAGGAGCAUGCAGGUGUGUCAUCCUACUUGCCCAAUUCGAACACAAUUGCUCAUUCUAGUACGGCUGUACCUUCUUCACAGACCCAGCCACCGUCACAUUUGACUUCAUCUAAUAUUGUUGGUGGAUCGGCCGCUAUAAACCCUGGUUUCUUUCCUCUGCUGCUGCCUCAUCCGCAUGCCCGCCCAAUGCGCAAUCCACAACUUCAACAACCCUUGUACCCGUUGCAAUAUCAUUUAUAUGCACCAGUACCGCCACCACAAUUGACAGCAUCUUUGAAGGAUUACGAGACCAAUUCGCAACAGUUGUUUAUACCCAAUGAUUUACGCGAGAGCCUUCACCGCAAAAAUGAAGCAAGUUUACAAACAAUGCAGCACCUGAAUCUACCAGAUCACGUGAAUGCCUACCAUUCACUAGUGCCUAUAGACAAAUCAUACGAAUCAACAAGUAAGCAAUGGCCUGGAAAAACUAGUCUUUUGUUCAAAUGCUACUCAAACGCCAACGGGAACUUGUAUGCAUUGAGAAAGAUUGAGCCAUGCACAGAAAUUGUGGAUGAGACACCUUUCAAAAGUAUCAAGCAAUGGAAGUCUUUAGGUAAAAAUGCCAAUAUCGUUGGAAUACACGAUGCAUUCACGACCAUGGCUUUCAGCAAUAAUCUCGUAAAUCUGGGAAAUGAACAAAAUAGUGUGAAUAGGGGUGCUUUGUGCUUUGUGUAUGAUUAUUACCCUAAUCUGCCAACUUUGAUAGAGUAUCACAUCAAGGGAUUAAGAGUAGCGCUAGUAACUGAGGAUUUGUUAUGGAUGUAUCUCAUCCAAUUGAUUAAUGCCAUUAAUGCUAUACACGCCAAGAAUUUAAGCGCGAGGUCGUCAAUCGAUUUGAGUAAAAUCAUUGUUACAAGUGAAAAUAGGAUCAAGCUUAGUUCUUGUGGUAUAAGCGAUGUUUUGGAUAGUGCAAAUGGAGUUGAAAUAGAUAUUUCAGAAGCUAAACUGCGGGAUAUCAGAAGAAUAGGACAAGUGUUAUUAGAGUUGAGUAUUCUAAUGCUACCUGUGAACUUAAGAACCAAUACAGUACCGAUACUUUUGAAAAACUUAAAAAACUCGGCCAAAUUAAGUGAUGAGUUUAUAGACGUUUUAACUAUAUUGAAUGAUGAUGCUAUCAUCGGUACUCCAUUUGAUUUCAACCUCAAUACAUUCACACAAAAAUACGUGGCAGAGAAAGCGAUGUUGAUGAUAAACAAUUUGCAAAACUACAACGAGUUCAUUGAACAACAAUUGUCGACCGAGUUGGAAAAUGCAAGAUUGUUCAGAUUAUUGACGAAAAUCAAUUAUGUUGUUAAUAACAAUUCUAAAAUGGAUGCUAGCAGUAGGAAUAAUUUACGGACUAUACGGAUAUUUCAAGACAAUUUAUUUAAUUCGAUUGACUUCAACGGUAAAAGUGUCAUCAACUUGGAUAAAGUGUUGGUGAAUUUGAACAAAUUAGAUUGUGGAGUCGAUGAGAAAAUUUUGCUAGUAAAUGAAAACGAGUGCAUCAUUGUUAGCUAUAAAGAAGUCAAAGAUCUUAUUGAAACGCAAUUCAGAUUAAUGAGGGAGUGA